AUUCCAUUUGUAUGCAAAUUCACUAACUACGUGUACUCUUCUCCCAAAAUCUUGCAAUUUUUUCUCCAUUUCCAUUUUCUCUCUGUUCUGUUUAUUAUCAUCUACUUUCAGUUUGAAAAAUCUUUAUUUACAAAAAAAAAAAAAAAAAAAAAAAAAAACUUAUCAAUUUUACAUUUUUACUAAACCUUAGUAUUUGAUCAAUCAUCAUGUGUGGAAUUUUGGCUUUGUUGGGUUGUUCGGAUGAUUCUCAGGCUAAAAGGGUUCGAGUUCUUGAGCUUUCUCGCAGGUUGAAGCAUCGUGGACCGGAUUGGAGUGGAAUAUUUCAAUAUGGUGAUUUUUACUUGGCACAUCAACGUCUAGCAAUUAUCGACCCUGCUUCUGGUGAUCAACCUCUGUUUAAUGAAGACAAAAAGAUUGUUGUUACUGUUAAUGGAGAGAUCUACAAUCAUGAAAAACUUCGAAAACUUAUGCCUAAUCACAAGUUUAGGACUGGAAGUGAUUGUGAUGUUAUUGCUCAUCUUUAUGAAGAAUAUGGAGAAAAUUUUGUUGACAUGCUGGAUGGAGUGUUCUCUUUUGUAUUAUUGGAUACUCGCGAUAAUAGCUUUCUUGCUGCUCGUGAUGCCAUCGGAAUUACACCCCUCUAUAUUGGUUGGGGACUUGAUGGCUCUGUGUGGAUAUCAUCUGAGCUGAAGGGCUUGAAUGAUGAUUGUGAACAUUUUGAAGUUUUCCCUCCGGGGCACUUGUACUCUAGCAAGAACGGAGGGCUUAGGAGAUGGUACAAUCCCGCUUGGUUCUCUGAAGCAAUUCCUUCCACUCCUUAUGACACUUUGGUUCUGAGGCGUGCCUUCGAAAAUGCUGUUAUCAAACGGUUGAUGACUGAUGUCCCCUUUGGCGUUCUGCUCUCGGGGGGACUUGAUUCGUCUUUGGUUGCUUCUGUCACUACUCGAUACUUGGCUGGAACAAAAGCUGCUAAGCAAUGGGGAGCACAACUUCAUUCCUUCUGUGUUGGUCUCGAGGGCUCACCAGAUCUCAAGGCUGCAAAAGAAGUUGCUGACUUUUUAGGAACCGUUCACCAUGAGUUUCACUUUACUGUUCAGGACGGUAUUGAUGCUAUUGAAGAUGUUAUAUAUCAUAUCGAGACGUAUGAUGUAACAACAAUAAGAGCCAGCACUCCUAUGUUCCUUAUGUCGCGUAAGAUUAAAUCACUAGGAGUGAAGAUGGUCAUAUCAGGGGAAGGCGCUGACGAAAUUUUUGGUGGUUACUUGUACUUCCACAAGGCUCCCAACAAGGAAGAGUUCCACACGGAAACAUGUCGCAAGAUAAAAGCGCUUCACCAGUAUGACUGUUUAAGAGCAAACAAGGCUACAUCCGCGUGGGGCUUAGAAGCUAGAGUACCAUUUCUGGAUAAAGAGUUCAUCGAUGUUGCCAUGAGUAUCGAUCCCGAAUGGAAGAUGAUUAAGCAUGAUCAAGGAAGGAUUGAGAAGUGGGUUCUUAGGAAGGCGUUUGAUGAUGAGGAGCAACCGUACCUUCCAAAGCAUAUUCUGUACAGACAGAAAGAACAAUUCAGCGAUGGCGUAGGCUAUAGUUGGAUCGAUGGCCUCAAAGCACAUGCUGAACAACAUGUGACUGAUAGGAUGAUGCUUAAUGCUGCUCAUAUCUUCCCACAUAACACUCCGACUACAAAGGAAGGAUACUAUUACAGAAUGAUUUUCGAGAGGUUCUUCCCACAGAACUCAGCAAGCCUGACCGUUCCUGGAGGACCGAGUAUAGCUUGCAGCACGGCAAAAGCAAUUGAGUGGGAUGCUUCUUGGUCGAACAACCUUGAUCCUUCCGGUAGGGCUGCUAUCGGUGUACAUAACUCUGCUUAUGACAAUCAUCUAUCUAGUGUUGCUAAUGGGAAUUUGGACACCCCGAUCAUCAAUAAUGUGCCAAAGAUGGUAGGCGUGGGCGUGGCUGCAGAGCUCACAAUAAGGAGCUAACUAGCACUACUCUUGCUGUCCAUACUUGAUGUUUGAAACAUUAGCAGUAUUAUUGUUGUUGUUGUUAUUAUAGGAAGGAUCAGCACGUCUUUUAGAUAUCCUGCUGCAUAAAAGAGCAUUGGGUCAAUGUUUUAACUAGAAUAAAAGAUCAAAACCAUAUAGAGGUUUUGAAGUUCUUGAGCACCACUAAUGUUCCAAGUUGUGGGGGCUCUAAGUUGAUAUCUAGUUGCUGUUUGUGGAUAAUUGUACUGUUUUUCCUUUUACCCUCAACUCUAUUGACACUAUAUAGAGUGUCCUUCUGGACUUUGGAAUGUUGGGAUAUGUAAAAUAUUGGUUAUAGUUAUCCUUCUUGUUUCAACUUUC